AUGGUUUUGAGUAAUAGUGAUUUUCAGAUAUUAGGCAAUCGACAUAAGAGUAACUUUGAUAAUGAUGAUUUGGUGGAUUUAUUAAGAGCUUUGUUAGCUGAAGCUAUUAAUCUGCAAAAUAAAGGUCAUGUAGCUCAACUUCAUGAGGUCAUACGCUGUGUAAAAUUAUUUGAUUCCAAUGGUAUUACGCGAAUUAUUCAGAGUUUAAAUGAAGAACAUAAGAACAGAUCAACGUAUAUCUCUUAUCUAAUAAGAUGUCGUCAGGGAUUACAAUCUAGUUUAUCUCAUUUACAACGUUUACUCAGUCGUACUGAAAGAGAUAGAGAGAUUGGAACAAGGCAUCUUAUUAACUCCUGUACUAGACUGUUUUUAGAAAAGUAUGAGACUCAAAUUAUGAAGUUUCAUACUGAAUUUCAACGUCUAACUCUAGCAGAUGAGAAGACUGAUUUAGUAAAUAGUUUUUUAGAGUUUAUAUAUAGAGAAAUGGAACAAGAACCAAUAUGGGCAGCUGCAACAGAAUGUCAACUAGAAGAUGCUUGUUUAGCUAUUGAAAGAAGUGUAAUGAGUCGUAUCUAUACACAGGCUCUCUUCCCUAAUGGUGAUGGAGACAUUUCUAGAGAUCAGGUAUAUCAUCAGCAUAUUAGAAAACUGAGUGAAAAUAUUAAACCAAGUCAUCCAGAUUUAUGUAUUCCAAGUAAAUAUCAUUUUGAAUGCCCAUGGCCAGCUGCCCAACGUGAAAUAUUUCUGAUCAAUGCCUACAAGACACCAAAAGAUAAAUUAGGCUGUAUAUUACGUUGUUCUACUACCAUAAUGAAUCUGUUAAGUAUGUCCAAUGAGAAGUCGGUACCUGCAGCUGAUGAUUUUAUGCCUGUUUUAAUCUAUGUGAUAAUCCGUGCUAAUCCACCUUGUCUACUCUCAACUCUACAGUAUAUACAGAGUUUUUACGAUGAUCGGCUAGCCGGGGAGGAAAGUUAUUGGUGGUCUCAGUUUUCUUCAGCAAUAGAAUUUAUUAAAACUAUGGAGUAUUGUGAUUAA